CUGUCUCGUACCCCCAGAGAACGCGGAGAAGGAGUAGUGGCCUUGAUUUUCUACUUUGGCUUCACCGAGUAGCUAUACACCACCAAACAUGGAGCCCUACCAGUAUAUCCUCGCGCUCGUCAGCGCCUUUGUUCUGUACCUUGUCCAAUUGCUCCUGGCGAACCACCUACGCAUGCGCAAAUACAAACUCCCUCCAAGAAUCAAAGGUGGCGUUCCUCUAUUCGGACACAUGUUCCAAGUUCCUCCGGUACAACAAGGUCCCUGGGCCAAGAAGCUUGCCGAGGAACACGGUGAAAUGUUCACCUGUGACUUCGGCACCACAACCUGGGUCUUCCUCAACUCCUCCCGCGUCGUCCACGACCUAAUGGAAAGGCGAUCCGGCCUCUAUUGCUCUCGCCCGCCCUUCCCUGUGACCCAGGACAUCAUGUCGCGGGGCGCGCGCAUCGUCCUAAUGGGCUACGACCAGCGCUGGCGCGAUCUACGCAAGAUCAUGCACGGCAUCCUCAACUCCCGGCAAAAGGAACUGUACAAGCCGUUCCAGGAGCUGGAAAGCAGACAGCUGCUGUACGAGUACUUGCACCAGCCGGAUAAGUGGUACGUUGCCAACGGUCGGUACGCGAAUUCCAUCAUCAUGAGCGUCGUGUUUGGCCGCCGCUCCGACCUCGACGAUCCUGAUCUGAAGGAACUGUUUUCCACCGCCGAGGCCUUUCUACUCCAGCAGCAGCCGGGCGUGAAUAUCGCAGACGGAUUUCCAUGGCUGGCGAAGCUGCCGAAACCUCUGCAGUGGUGGCGGGCCAAGGGUGAUAGGAUCUGGAAGUGGACGCACGGUGUCUACAAGCGUGAGGUUGAGAAGCUGGAGAAGAGGCAGAGGGAAGGCACGCAGAGGGAGUGCUUCGCGACCGAGUUCUUGGAGCAGGUCAAGAAGUCGGACUUCGACGAGAACCAGAAGCUCUUUGUCCUCGGUUCUCUCAUGGAAGCUGGCAGCGAUACGUCGAAGGUGUCGCUGGGCCAGAUCAUUGCUGCGGCAGCCACUUACCCCGACUGGGUCGUGAGAGCACGCAAGCAGCUCGACGAGGUGUGCGGAGCCAAUGCCGAACGCCUGCCUGGCUGGGAGGAUAAGGAUGCCUUGCCCUAUAUCACUGCGGUGGUCAAGGAAGGCUUCAGGUGGCGGCCGAACAUUGCCGAGAUUGGAGCUCCGACAGCCUUGAUCCAGGAUGAUGAGUAUGAAGGCUACAAGUUCCCUGCCGGCACUGUGUUUACGUGGAAUGCGUGGGCCAUUGCGUUGAGCGAGAAGGAAUAUCCCCAGGCUGAGCGCUUCUGGCCCGAGAGGUUCCUCAACGACGAUCUAAACAACGCCCUGAAGGGUCAUUACGGCUUUGGACCUGGAAGGAGAGUGUGCGUCGGGUGGAGUGUUGGCGAAAUGAAUGUGUGGAUCGCCAUUGCAAGACUUCUGUACUGCUUUGAUUUUGAGGAAGACCCGGCGCAUAAAAUUGACACUAUGACGAUCCCCCAGUUGGCGAAGGGGAAGGCACCAUUCGAAGUCAAGAUCAAAGUCAGAAGCCAGGCUCAUGCCAACUUGAUUGAGAGGGAUUGUUUGGCGGCUACAAAAGUCAAAUAUUAA